UCAAAGCUCGCGCUUUCUGUUUCAAACUUCGCUUCUCGUAUUCGAAAGGUUUUAGGAGAGAGAAGUAAUAAAAGGCAGAAUUUAAGAAGUAUAUGUUUUUCAUCUCUAGGGCACUCCAGUCGUUUCUUAUUAACGUAAUCCAAAAGUUAUUUUGAGGCAGGAAUUUGCAUUGUGAUAAGACAAGUUCUAUGUAAAGUUGCUUGGAAGAAACCGUAAAUAUUCGAGCAGGUGGAGCAUCAAUUCCGACACGUGAAAAGGGGACUUGUCUUUUGGGACACAAUUGUUGCCAGCAUUUGUAUCCUGCUGGUCUGCUUUAUUAAAUUGAUAGGGUCCACACGUUUAACCCGCGUCGUUCUUUGUUUGAAGGACGUUUCCAAAUCAAAAGCCGGCUUUUUCUUCCUUUUUGAGUUAACAUUUUACCUGUCAUUGUGACGUUACCCUAAAUACUGAAAAUGUCAGCUGAAAGAUAUUCAAUAUUGGAUGAACCGUCGCUUCGGAACCUGCUGGAUGGGACGAUGGACCUGGAUGAGCGACGGCUGAUCCGUUCAGCCAUCAGAGAGCUGAGGAGGAGGGAGAUGGAGGACAUGGAGGCAGCCAUGGCCAGAAAACGCUUCCGGCCAACAAAUCUCAGCCAGAACGACAACAAAGAGAACCAACUCACACAUAGGUCAGAAUUGGGGGGCUCCCUAGACGUGCUCUCUGUGAAACUACAAGCCAUCCAGGACAUUGAGGAGCUGACUGGACUGCUGCGCGGGGCCAAUGAGUAUGAGGAGAGGAAACUGAUCAGAGCUGCCAUCCGCCGGCUCCGAGACGAGGAGCAUCAGGGUACAUGGGAGAAAGGGAGGACCACCGGCCAAUGUCUGGAGUCUGAGGGCCUGGAACUCCAAAGCAGCCUGGGAGCAGGGGGAACUGGGACCAUUGAGGUUUUGUGCUGCCACAAUGAAGAAUGCAGAAAACAACAACACCCAGGCAUGUGA